UAUUUUAAUUAUGUGUAAUUCUAUAGUACGUUUGCUGAAGCCAUACCCAGCACGUAUGUACUGAUUCCUAAUAGUCGUAUGACUAUUAGUUGUUGUCAUUUUCGAAACACCGUUUGAUCAAAAUGAUUCGAAUUUGGCUGCCGUUUUUGUGUUAUAAUGUAUUCUUCCGAGCAACGGCCCUUCAGACGUUCGAAGUAACGGACACCGGAUACUUUGACUUGGAAGUCGCUGGUAAGCAAAUUGGAAGAAUGGAAAUAGGUUUAUUCGGACGAUUGGCUCCCAAGACUGUGGAAAACUUUAUAACAAUACUCACAAAAGGUAUCGAUGGACAGACGUAUGUCGGCACCAGAUUUCACAGAAUCCUUAAAGGACUUGUGAUUCAAGGUGGAGAUAUUGUUAAUAACGAUGGAAGUGGUUCAAUAAGUAUUUACGGAGACACGUUUCCAGAUGAAAUACUGACAAUAAACCACACAGAAAUGGGAUUCGUAGGCAUGGCCAAUUCGGGACCAGAUACAAAUGGGUGUCAGUUUUAUAUUACAACUAAACCAUUAUCAAGGUUGGACGGAAAACAUGUUGUUUUUGGAAAAUUGGUCAACGGACUGGAUAUAUUGUACAAAAUUGAACACCUUCCGACCGAUGCUAUUGGACGGCCUAACAUGGAAAUCCGUAUUAAAAGUUGUGGACUCCUAGAGAAAAAACCUCCUUACACCAUAACAGAUCAUUCGAAUAAAUUAGAACUUUGGAAAUGGAUUAAGGCAUCAUCAAUUCCUCUUACAAUGUCUACAUUAAUUUUAGGACUGUUUCAAUGGAUGAUUAUUCAGAUGAAUAAAGUAAUAAAUUGACUUUAUGAAUGAUGCUAUACAAAAAAAUAAAUAAAUAUUUAUUUACUUUAUC